GCCGCCAACUACGUUAUUGGCGUCUGCGGUUAUCUGCUCCUGUGAUGAUUGUAAACAGUGAGCACGAGCUAGGUGAGGGGUACAGAAUAUAUUGGGCAGUGAUUGGUUCUAUCUCAGGCAGUGAUUGGUUCUAUCUCAGGCAGUGAUUGGUUCUAUCUCAGGCAGUGAUUGGUUCUAUCUCAGGCAGUGAUUGGUUCUGUCUCAGGCAGUGAUUGGUUCUAUCUCAGGCAGUGAUAUUUGUUGUGAUUGGUUUUUUCUUCAGAUCGUGAGUUCAGUGAUUGAUUCUUGCCUGGAUGUCAAUCUGUGGUCAGGAGGUCAAUAACAGACAGAGUCCCAAGUCUGCCGACAACUAAGAUUACCAAACAUCAUCAAUAGACGGCCGUACAUCAUCAGUAGACGGUCUUACACCAUCAGUAGACGGCCUUACACCACACCAUCAGUAGACGGCUUUACCCCCGAUGGGGCUGGCAUUCUCUAAUCUAUUUUAGCACGAAGCAGGGUAGAUAACUCAGGCCUGUAUGUCAAGAUGCGUGGGAAAAACUUGAAUAAAUGGAUUAUUUCCCCUGUAUCGCCUUAAUCACAUUACAGCAGGCGCGCUGCAUGACAGCAGAGGGAAGAAUUUGGUCGGUUUAGAUAAUAGGAUUGUUGCGGUGGGACAUUGUCCCAGGACUAGCUGUAUGACAUUGUCCUGUAAAGCAUGGGUCUGUGUACGGACACCAGAACGACCUUGAACUUUCUCUUGCCGCAGAAAAACCUGGGCGAGAAUGACGUCAUAGAGGCCACGAAGGGCAACCGAGAGGCCGAGGUCAAGCGGAUCCUGACCUUUGACCCGUCCAGUCGCUUCCAGGUGGACGAGAGUGGCCGCACGGCCCUGCACUGGGCCACCGAGUACGGCUACCGCAGGCUGGCCCACACGCUGCUCAACGUGCCCACGUCAUCAGAGAACCUGCAGCUUGGCCAAUCGCUGCUCAACAUGUGCGACUUCCGGGGCCAGACAGCGCUGCAUAUCGCCUGCAACUGCAAGAGAGAGGACCUGACCUCCCUCUACAUCACCCUCCACAGUGACCUCAACUUGGGCGACCGCACCGGGAACACGGCGCUACACCGUGCGGUGCGCAACAACCUCGAGACGACAGCGAUCAUGAUGUGCGAGUUCGGCGCUGACGUCAACGCGAAGAACGAACUUCAGUGGACGCCCCUACACGAGGCAGCCCGCACAGGCAACGAGAAUAUCUUGAGGGUUCUAAUCCAGCGGGGGGCGGACCUAGACGCGGUGACUCAAAACAAAAUGACGCCAUUUUUGACGGCGUUUUUCUAUUACAAAAUCGCGUCGAAAGGAAACACAUACUCCAACCUCGAGAGCGUCUGGAAGAUUUUCAUCGAGUCAGGAUGUUCGCUGUCCAAAAGCGACGGCCACUGGACGCCUUUGACCGCCGCCAUAGCCUGCGACAACAGCUUCAUAGCCUCCAUCCUGCUGCUCAACGGCUGUCAGGUGGACAGGGCGGGGCGCUGGGGGCGGGGCAUCCUGCAGGACGCCUUCGCCUGCAGCGAGCCGAUGCUGGUCAAGCUACUGGUGCUGCUGGGCUACAUCCCCAGCCCCGACGAGGUCCUCUACUGCAGCAAGCAGAUCCCCAUGUACUCCAAGCUCUUCCUGCGGCUGCCUGGCCUCGGGUCCGGUCUACACCGGGACCGGCAGGCGGUCGUCAGGUGGCUGAAGGAGCGGCAGGCCACGCCCCCCUCCCUGUCAGAGUGUUGCCGGGUCAGCGUCAGGCAGGCGAUGAACGUGUCGACAGGCGACAGGUCCAUCACCCCCAACAUCAGCCGCCUGCCCCUCCCCGGGAAACUUCAGAGGUUUCUGGCCAUGUCUGACUUCACGCACUACCUGCUGGACUAGCUGCUGGGUACUGACAUUAGCUGACUCAGCUCACAGCUGGAUGACAUGUGCUAUUUUGUUGGCGCUUUGAUUGACAUUUGUUUAAGUUACUGGGCAUUGUGUGAACAUCUCAAUGAUUGAAUCUGUUGUGUUGAGUGAUUGUUUUAGCGCUUGGUUGAAACAUCUCAAUUAUUGAAUCUGUUGUGUUGAGUGAUUGUUUUAGCGCUUGGUUGAAACAUCUCAAUUAUUGAAUCUGUUGUGUUGAGUGAUU